AUGACGGAUAUGAAGAGUGUGCUAGAGCAGAGGCAAGAGCUUGAGUCAAAGUCUACAAAGAAAAAAUCAGGGAAAAAGAGAUCUGGAACUGAGACAACUCAGUUCGACCAGAAGACAAUCAAUGAGUUCAAGGAAGCUUUCGGAAUCAUGGAUCAGAACAAGGACGGAAUUAUUGACAAGGCGUGUGAAUUUCAACAUGACAACUCUUUUGGGGAUCUUAAGGAUCUCUAUGCCACAAUGGGGCAAAUUGCUUCCGAAAAGCAAAUCGAGGACAUGAUCAAGGAAGCUCCCGGACCGAUCAAUUUCACUGUCUUCCUCACGCUGUUCGGAGAGCGGUUGACAGGAACUGAUCCUGAGUCCUCUAUUAUUGGUGCCUUUGCAAUGUUCGACAAAAAGGACUGUGGAAAAAUCAAAGAAGAUGAUUUAAUAAAAAUUCUUCAGAAUAAGCGAGGAGACCCACUUGAUGAAGAUGAAAUUAAGGCUAUGUACAAGGGAAAGCCUCCAAUCGAAAACGGCGAGGUCGACUACAAAGCAUUCGCUCAUCUCAUCACAACCGGAGCUCAGGAGGAACUCACCGCUGCUUAA